CACACGUGCGGAUGAGCUCGGGUUUGACGUCAGGAGCUGCGGACACCGGCGAGUGAGCUCAGACACUAUUAGUCAAAUAACAAAACGGCGGCAGGAGUCUCGCGCACCUGCCAUAAACUUCCCCUGUCGGUUUCCACAUUUACCGCGAGCGCAAUGAAUCACAGCAAGUCCGAUCUUAAUGGUCCGUCCCGUAACGGCAACUCCGGUUCCGCGGACGAGCUCGUGAUAACGUCGACUUUCGGGACCUUGCUGUCGGUGGUUUACAUCGUGGGAGUCUCGGGAAACGUCUACACGCUGGUAGUCAUGUGUCACUCCAUACGUUUCGCUACUUCAAUGUACAUCUCCAUCAUUAACCUGGCGCUCGCGGAUCUCCUGUACCUCUCCACUAUCCCCUUCGUGGUGUGCACGUACUUUCUAAAGGACUGGUACUUCGGGGACGUGGGUUGUCGGAUUUUGCUAAGUCUGGAUCUUUUAACUAUGCACGCAAGCAUCUUCACGCUCACGGUCAUGUGCACGGAGCGCUACUUGGCUGUGACCAAACCGUUAGAUACUGUUAAGCGCUCCAAGAGCUACCGAAAAGCAUUGGCAUGGGGGGUUUGGAUCUUAUCUUUAGUGCUGACCCUUCCCAUGAUGCUCAUGGUUAACCUGACUACUAAAAAAACGGCAGAUGGAGGGGUGAAAAGGAUGUGCGCGCCCACCUGGGCACCACAGGCGUAUAAGAUUUACCUGACUGCCCUGUUCUGCACGAGCAUAAUGGCACCAGGACUGAUCAUCGGUUACCUGUACACAAGGUUAGCCAGGACUUACUUGGAGUCUCACAAAACUGUUAAUAAAAGCAGCAGGCGCUCUCCAAAGCAGAGAGUCCUUAUUAUGAUUUUCACCAUCGUGCUGGUGUUCUGGGCGUGCUUUUUGCCCUUUUGGAUAUGGCAACUUGUGCCCCUGUAUCACAAGCCUUUCCGUCUCGCUUCGCGCACACACACGAGCAUUAAUUACCUCGUUGCGAGUCUGACCUACAGUAACAGCUGCAUUAAUCCUUUCCUGUACACACUAUUGACCAAGAACUAUCGGGAGUAUCUGAAAAACCGACACAAGAGUUUUUACCGCUACACGUCGUCCUUUAAACAGCGACCACCGAGUUUGUACUCGUGGGGAAAGUCCGCGUCAUCCAGUAAUCAGUUCGAGUUUCACUCGGAAACGCUUGUCAUGGCGCAGCUGAAGGCGCAGUGACGCGGUGAAGAAACCUUAUGCAGUUUGCGUACAGGGUUCCUGUCACCCAUCACCCACUGAGUGAGGUGAAUCUUACGGCAGGGAGGGGUUAUCGAUGGCGUAGUCGGGGUCACACGUAAAGGACACUGUAAUGGCAAAUCGUGUGCCCCAUGUGACCUUCUCCA